AUGAAUUCCUAUGAGAUCCACAACGCGCUUGUAGACUUUUGCCGCGCGCGACCUUUGAGGGAAAAUAGCAGCAGACCCGCCAAAUUUGAUUUUGCUGAAUCUAGCAACCUGGAAAAUUCAACGACCUCUGGAUGCGGUGAAAUUGGUGAUUGUAUUACUAUAAACUGUGAUAAUAAAUGCGGCUGUGAUAGUUCAUCCGCGGUAUUAUUCUACAACGAAACAUUGGAUGAAUGUGUUGUCAAUGUAAAGAAACUUUUACAAACGCUGACGGAAAAAUAUAAUAAUCAAGAUAAGAUUCGACUGAAUGUUGAAAGAGUUUUUCAAGGAGUAAUAUUCUCAGGAAUAUUAUUUGGAUCAUGUGCUUCAUUAUGCGUCAUUACAGCCUGUAUUUAUUGUAUUCGAAUUAACUACGAGGAUACACGCCUUAAAAACGAUGUCGAAGCUUUAGCUGUCAAGUUGAAAAGAGAAUGUCGAUUUAAAAAUAUGUCCACCAAACAGCCAACGCAACCAGUCUCUGAGAGUUGUAAUAUUAUUGUAGAGGAAGCUGGAGUUUUUGUUGUAUAAUAUGAUUUAGAAAUA